AUGGAUGCUAUAAUUCCUGUCGACACACCAGAAGUCAAUGAUGAUACUCCUAAUGAAACACUUCGUUUACGUACUGACAGCAUAACCAAAAGUACUUCCAUCGAUGAAAGUGUAAUUAAAUCAGGUGAUUCUAUCGAACCUGUCGUCAAGACGACUCACUCAUCAUCGGGAUUUGACGUUGAGCAUGUUUAUCAUGCAUUUGUCGCUGCCUUGAGAGAACCUUGUAAUCCAGUAUCAUCGAUUGGCACACAAGAUUACAUCAAUGGUUACCGAGAAUUAAUUAAAUUUUUUGAUCAACUUGGCCGUGUAUUCAAAUUUGUUAAAGAUGAUGUUGUACAAAAACUAGAUAUCUUACAGGAUUUUGUCGAUAAUGAUAAAAACGAUCCACCUCAUUUCGAUACAAUACAGAGAGCGAUCGAUUAUGAAACUGAACAUGGCCUUAUUCAAACAAAUUCUGAAAAUUUUUCUCGAACUUUAUUGAGACUUCAUCGUGCUUUACUUUUCAUUGAAGAAUUUCUUCGCGGCUUAAGCGAACGACCAUCAUCGGAUAGUACUGUAACAAUCGCAACCAAUGCGUACGAUUCAACUCUAUAUUAUCAUCACGGUUUUCUUAUUCGUACAACAGUCAAAGUCGGAUUUCGUGUAUUGCCAUCACGUAAACAAUUAGACGAUAUACUCUUUGAGGGUCAUAAAACUGACAUACUCGAACAAUAUAAAACUUUUAUAAAAACAAUCAAACAAAUUUAUGAUAUUGUCCAAGCAUACUAUGCAGAAAAGAAAUAUUUACAAUUACCAUAA